UUCCAACUGCGUACAUUUAUCGAAGGCAAAAACAGAUUCGAGGCCAUGGAAUCAUUCGAGUUCGAAUCACUUUGUUUCGCAAGCGAAUCGAACCGUACCUUCGGAACGAUUCUACUCGAUUAGAUUAGAAUUCGAGGCGAUUCGGACACCUCUGCCGGGGGCCCUACGUCGCGGAGGGAAGGGUUGGAGAACGUGCGCGCUCGCUGAUUAUAAUUGAUGCUUCCCGCGCGAUUUUCUCCCUCGGGACGCGGGGGACUCGCGAGAAGAGAUCGAUCGAUCGAGCGAUCGACCCGUCGCCGUUGGCGCGAAAUGCGAAAAAGCGCCGGAGAUGAAUCCUCUCGUCGUCGCGCCACCGGGAGGGAGAGCGGGGGUUGGCGGUGCGCGCCGAGAUGUACCCCUGCGCGUGACGUUAACGCCUAGUGUCAUGCUGAAGAUAUGGACGGAAGAGUUUUUAUCCACCAUAUCGAGGCUGGAUCCGAAAUUUAUAGCGCUGCACUGCCAAGAAGUAGGUGGAAAGAAUUACGAGCAGAGCAUGAGGCACGUGGCGGACUUUGCUAGAUUACUUAUGUCGUCGGAAGAGCUGAGGUUGUUCGACAAACACAGGAUAUUCCUCGACGAGGAUUAUUCAUCCGCUGAACAUUUCACAGCUCUAGGGAAUUUCUACUUCGUGCACGAGUCCUUGAGUGAUGUUUUACUGUGGGACUUUAAUGAUUGUACUUUCGUAUCCGUCAAUGGGGAGGAACUCCAUUCGGGUAAUAUAGAAGCGGUGACUACCAAAGAGAAAGCCAAGUUUCCUCAAGAAUUCUUCCCGGAAUGCAAGUGGUCCAGAAAGGGUUUCCUGCGCACCCGAUGGAGUAUUAGUGGAACCGUUUUUGAUCUCAUAAACAUACACUUAUUUCACGACGCGAGCAAUUUCAUUGCUAUGGAGACGUUCCCAUCGGUAUACAGUAAAACGCGCAGAAGAGCGCUCGAGCACACGUUAGAUAGAUUUCAUAAUGACAAGUACCCGAAUGUGCCGUAUUUUUUAUUUGGUGACUUUAAUUUUAGAACAGAUACAGCAAGUGUAAUAAAGAAACUGACAGAAGAUACUCAAGAAAAGAGGUUAUCGAAUAAGGGAAAUAUCUCGAAAUUGCAAUUUCACAAUAGAGACGACGAUCUCGUAUUAACGUUAGGCAAAAAGGAAUUUUCUCACUAUGAGCAUCAGAACGUUUUCAUGAAAAAUGGGGGUGAAUGGCUACGCGAGUACGACAAAGAACUGGGAGACUUUGAGGGAAGGCUGUUCGAGUUUCCAAUCAGCUUCGUGCCGAGUUAUCCGUUUCAAGAGGAUAUUAAUGAGCCUGUAAAUUACAUGCAAACAAGAGUGCCGGCUUGGUGCGAUCGGGUUCUAUUGAGUCCCACUGCGAAAACGCUAGUCAAAGAUAUCGACGAUUCCGAGGCAGUGAAAUACGGCGUAAUCGGCCCGACUACGUGCAUGGGUGAUCACAAGCCAGUCUACUUGAAGGCUAAUCUCAUCUCGGACGCAGGUAUGAUAGACUGCUGCAACUUGCCAAUUGCACCUGAGUUUUGCUUCCGAGUGCCCAACAGUUACCUGGAGUUGUUGUCCAUGUUGCCUGAUUGUAAUAGUUACGCUAACGCGCGCGUGAAUUCCAUUGACCGUUCGUCUAAUCUGUUGCACGCAAUACCUAUUAAGCAUGAUCCCUACACGCCAGAUAGUAUGGACAGUCCGAGUCCGAACGCGCUGAUGGCCUCCGGCGAGGUCCCGGAUAUGUUUACCGAUCAUAUCGACAGCAACAAUGUCGGCGGCGACAACGCGACGUCGUUGCCGCGAUCGGCUCACGCGUCGAGCACAACGAGGCGACACAUCGACCGCGCCGUGUCGCCGGCCUUGCUCAAGUCCAGGCUGGAGCUGAUUGUGCAGAACAAGAGGCACGAGGACGCGCAGCGGGAAGUGGACGUCUCGGACAUCAAGAGGAGUCCCAGCGAGUACCAUUUGCGUUCCUGGCCCGACGCCGACGAUCAGCAGUGGUGCGUGAGGAAGAACCGAUGCAACAGCGACGUGUCGUGGCAACGCUCCCACGUUCUAACGGAGGCCUGGGUCCAGAGCAAGGGUCAGCAGGGCUAUCAUUCCUUCAGUAAUUUUGCCAACCGGUCCUCCUCGAACUCGAGUCCCCCGGACAUCGUUGACGGACUGCCGCCCGAUCUGAUCAUACCGCGAAUAGCCAUAAUAAACGCGAGCAACUUCGAGUCGAAUGCGAGCUCGGUGUACUUCCACGACGACCGAUUGAGCAGUUAUUCGGAAAACAAAUUGAGCACGUACUCGGACGGUCGCACGAAGACGCUGAGCGGCGAGGCUGUGAGUUCGGAGAAGUCAGACGAGAUUUGCGACAAAACGGACGAGGAAGAGGGCAACAGAUUGAGCUCAAGUGUAGACGGUAUAGUAGAUAAGGAAAACGAUGCGUACUCGAAAGACCACGAGUCGAGUAAAGACUUGUACUUCGAAGAGGACGACGGAAAAUUCAUCGAGGAAGAAUGCGAUAUGUGUAAGGAGACGAAAUGUCAAAUAAUAGAAACGCGAGCGGGAGAUGGGUUUUACGCGCAGGACGACGUGGUUUCCGAUAGGACGAACGACAAAUUGGCCGUGGAGCAGAACGUUCCGGAUGAAUCUUGCUUCAAGAACGUGCAGUGCACCGAAAUCCUCUUGGAGAAUCAACCGAGUUCGCAGGCGUUACGGCGAAGACGCGAGAAAACCGACGCGAACAGAGUAAACGUGGAGAUCAGUGACACGUCGUGCACGAGGGCUCGUGCGGGGAUUAAGCCUCUCAGAGAUGAAGAUCGCGACAGCCAUGUGAUAAAGAUAUGUCCAGAUACACAAGCGGUAAGUCACGACGCGGAGAUUGUCAGUUGUGAGGGCAAGCACAAGACGUGCGCCUCGAAGAACACGACGAGAAGCAAUUCGGCACACAGUCAGGAUAUCAGUGAUCACGCAGGAAACGAUAGAUUAAAGUCGAAAGCUUACAGAGUUACCGAACGGUACAAGAGCAACAUUAUGGGAAGGCGGACUAGGUGUAAAAAGUGUUGUUGCGUAAUAUCCUGAGGAUCCGCUUUAGUCUGCAUUUUAGAGUUUGCGUAUGAUGUUCCUCGUUUUAUUUAUCGUAUCGUUGCAUCCGAGUCGGGAGCGGAGAAAGAGAGAGACACCGGUGGCUUAUUCUAUCGGAAAAUUUCGCGCGGAUAUGACUCUUUGUCGAGGCGAGACUCCUCCGUUCUCGAUUGGUCUCGGAUGCAACAAUUGCCGUCGCCGCGACAGCAAUCGCGAUAGCAAACCCUUUUGUUUCUACUUAUAUAAAGUAUUCCUUUCAUAGACUUUACUUGCUCGUUUUCGUGCUAUUCUCUCGAUGUGCUAAGUAGUGAUCGAGAUAGCGUUAGUCAUACAUCGUCGCUUCGUGUACGACUAUAAUUUAUUUUCACACGGUGUUGUAAAUUAUUCUCUCGCUGACGAUAAUUAAUUGUUAAUGCAAUACGUUUCUUGAUUUGUACGAAUGAUCGUCGAAGGAACUGCAUAUCGCGAAAAGAAGGACAUUUUUAUUGCCGCUGACGUUUUAAAGUGACCCGAGCGCGCCGUAGAAAGAGGAUAGAAUUUUUAUUAUUUAGGCUUUCUCGCCCGACCGACCCCGUGCAUGUCCCGCGUGAAACAUCUCGAUGUGAAACGACGCUCUGCACGUGCAUGGCACUCGAAAUGUUUGUAGGAAAUACCCGAGUGAUAUAGAAAACUGUUUCCUCCCCGUUAUAGUCGUACAAUUUGUGAGUGCUAUAACCACGUUACGUAAUGUUACGUCAUUUAGAGCGUGUGCGUAUGAAAGUAGUGAUGUAGUUACGCCGCUGUACGGUGCCAAACAAUACGUACGGACUGACGAAAUCGUUACCAGUAUACGAGGCACUUCCGCGAGCGGUGCCACGUUAUCCUAUUAUGCUAAUUUUAAACGUAAAGUCCAUCGUGUGCCCAGAUCCUUGAUACGCAUGGUUAAGGUACUCGUUUUCAAGGAAAUUAUUACCUCGCAGUGUUCUUGUCCUUGAUUAUUUGUCCUUACGUUACAUAUUAUAUAUGUGUAUACGAUUGUUACGAAAUUUGCUCCUAGAUUUAUAGACGUGUAUAUAUUUUUUAUUUAUUAUGUAACCAUAUCUCUCCUCUCGUAAUUCAAUAGUAUUGCCGUUGUAUCGUCUGUGCCGUUCUACCAUUUCGCGUACGUAUCACUUUCAUUCCACGUCGCGCGACGAGAAAGGAUUCACGGUGGUAUCGCGAAGCGCGCGAGUGUCCCCUUUCUGUUUUCCUUUUCUUUUUAUAGAACCUUACGCGUAAUAUCGCCGUUAUACGUACCGCGUCUUCGCCAAGAAGGGAUCUAUUCGGGUUUUCUUUACGAGCGCGUGGACUAAGAGGACUCUACUGCCAAAGCUAAAUUCGCUGUUAAUUGAGAAGAUAUUAAUUUACGUGACGGAUGUGUUGAUCGCGCGACGGUAUGAUGUACAGUUACUUUAUCGUUGCUAAUUUGAUCGUCCCCGGGGGUAGGUUUCGGGGGGAGCGUGAGCUACGAGCGUUGGCGGACGAACAAAGUUUUAACUAACGGACGAGAGAAGUCAUUACACUCGGCCAACACAGUUGUGUAACUAUCAUGUAGCCUUAAUGAAACGUAACGUGCGAUAAAACAUGCAUGUGACACGUAUGUUAUUUGUAAUUUCUCGUUUAAACGACAUUAGUUUUAUAACAGGUAUAUAAUUGUACGCGAUAAAUUUGUGCGACGUUGCUGUAUAACAUUUACAUGACACGUAACACGUGCUCAUGUUAUCAUCAAUGUCCAAGUGAUAACUAUUGCAGUACAUAACGGAAUAAUGUAACAGUUAUAAAGGAC